AUGAACCCGCCUGACAGGCGGCGUGGAGGCGGCGCCCACGUACUGCGUGCUGGUCCUCACUCGCAUCACACGACGCGGCAGCGCGCCGGCUCAAAGGACAAGGACAAGGAAAAGGAAAAGGACGCCAGCAUGAAGGAUGGCACCUCGGCGACCAGCAACAGCAUGCCCACCGUGCCGCCCCGUGCCGCCGUCAUCAGCCCGCCCUCGCCCAGCCACGACGACUCCCUCGACGGCAGCGGGGGCGUCACGCUGUCGGACCGCAAGGAGAAGGACAAGGAGGCCAACAAGGACAAGGACGGCGGCGCCAGCCCGACGCCGGGCAGCGGCAGCGGCAGCAGCAACCCCAACCGGCGGAGCAUGACCCUCAAGGGCAAGCAGCCGCAGCAGCAGCUCCGGGACCGCGAUGCGGCGGCGGCCCUGAGGGACAAGGACGAGCGCAUCGCGCACCUGGAGAAGGAGAUGGGCAUCAUGGAGCACGAGUUCCAGAAGGAGCUCGACAAGCUGAGCCAGAACGAGAGCGAGAUGGCCACCUUCUGGCAGGCCAAGUACAGCGCGCUCAACCAGCAGUUCCUGCGCACCGACACGGAGCUGAGGCUCCUGCGCACCGAGGCCGAGGUCCGCGAGCUGGAGCGCGAGGAGCUGCGCAAGGGGUGGGAGGUGCUGCGCCGCGAGCUCAAGCAGCGCGACGACGAGAUCAGGGGCCUGCGCGGCCAGGUGCGCGGCCUCAAGGAGUUUGUGAGCACGAGCACCCGGACGGACGAUCAGACGAGCGACGAGGUGUUUGGGGAGGGCAUGACCAAGCUAGGGAAUGGGCUGCAGAACUGGGUUAUUGUCAAUUUCAGAAAGGCCAAGAUGGAUUUAGGCAAAGCCGACGAGGCUACAAUGACGGAGCUGGGCGACCUCGUGCCCAUGUUCGAGGAACUUGUCCAUACCUCCAAGGUGCACCUCCUCCAGUCAAUAGUUUCCAGCAUUCUCGUCGAGAUGGUGUUUGAUACAUACUACGUCGGCAUGUCCAAGGAGCAGCGGAAUAGCUUCCGUGAGAUGGAGCAGCUCCUUUUAUCAUUCACUGCGGCCGACGAAGCCGUAAACCAAUGGCGAGCCUCUACGCUCUCCCUCAUCCGCCGUGAGGCUCCCCACCGUCUCUCCGAAGAGACUUCCGCAUGCGUUGAGCAAGUCAUCUCCCGCAUAAACCGUCUUCUCGACGCCAUAACCACCCAAACAUCUUCUUCUUCUUCGUCAUCCUCCACCACAGCCACCAAUAAUACAUCAGAGAACCGGGACAACGCACUCCGCGUCCUCGUCAACAACUCCAUCGAGCUAGCCCGCCUCCUCGCCGUCCAAAAGGCCAUCCUGCGCGUCCACACCCCGACCAUCGUGCCCCACCAGCGCACCCUCUUCGAGCCCAGCACCAUGGAGGACAUUGGCGGCGAGGACGAGGACACCCUCGCCGAGAGGGACAUCUCCUGCGUCGCGUUCCCCGGCCUGAUCAAGCAAGGGGACGAGAGCGGCGGCCACCUGCAAUACAGGAACGUCAUCACCAAGGCCCGGGUUCUUUGCAGCCCGGAAGAAUGA